AGGCGUUCAGUUGAACAUCCGCAAAUAUGGCUGACUGAAGUUAAUAUUAAAGCCAAACCUACUUGACACUUCAGAAGCUUUCCCGGUUGCUACAGAGGUUAAGGUAAUGUUGAGAGCUAUAACUAAAGGCCUUAUAGCCAGUCCCAUCAGUGGUGGAAGAAUGAUGUCCAACACCAGCCUCUCGGGAAAAGUUGCCAUAGUUACUGCAUCCACAGAUGGGAUCGGCUUGGCUGCAGCACAGGCACUAGGGAAGAGAGGAGCUCAUGUUGUCGUGAGCAGUCGUCGGCAAGCCAAUGUUGACAAAGCGGUGUCACUGUUACGCAAUGAGAACAUUGAAGUGAUUGGUACCACAUGUAAUGUGGGGAACAGAGAGGACAGAGAGAGGCUUGUCAACAUGGCGGUGGAACAGUGUGGGGGUAUUGACAUCCUUGUCUCUAAUGCAGCCGUGAACCCUUUCUUUGGAAACAUCUUAGAAUCCACAGAUGAAGUCUGGAGCAAGAUAUUAGAUGUGAAUGUGAAAGCUGCAUUCCUUCUGACCAAACAAGUGUUUCCUCACAUGGUGAAAAGAGGGGGUGGCUCAGUGGUGUUUGUGUCCUCAGUAGCAGGGUACCAGCCAAUGCAGGGGUUGGGUCCAUACAGCGUGAGUAAGACUGCUCUGUUGGGCCUAACGCAAGCCCUCGCCCCUGAACUCGCUCAAAGUAACAUCCGAGUCAACUGUGUGGCUCCAGGAAUCAUCAAGACGCGCUUCAGUGCUGCAUUAUGGCAGAGUGAAGAAGUGGCAAAUGAGUUUCUAAAGCUACUCAGCAUUAAAAGGCUAGGGAUGCCAGAAGACAUUGGGGGGGUGAUCACUUUCCUGUGUUCAGAGGAUGCCUCAUAUAUCACUGGAGAGACUAUUACUGUCACAGGUGGCAUGAACUGCAGACUGUAAGAGUUUGUACAGGCAAGUUAAAAAAAAAAAAAAAUAAUUAAAAAAAAAAAAACCUGCACAAGAAAGAGGCUUGAUAAAGGGCCAGGAAUCACCUGUAUGCAACUACCCAUCAGCCACAGAUGAAAACUUCAGAUGUCCAAUCUUUCAUACAAUG